AUGCAGUGCAGUCACACACCGCUCGGUCAAUGGCUGCAGCAGAAUGGUGGUCAAUUCCACCCCAACCUCAUCUUCAAAUCGGGUGCAUCUCUGCUCUCUACCUCGCACGGAGCUCGUAGCUCGUAGCUCGUAGCUCGUAGCUCAGCCCUCGACCCCUAACUAGCAACUGACUCGCUUCGAGCUCCUCCAACCCAGAUGAGUUCGGAACCUCAGUUUACGCUACCUCGAACCUGGGCCCUGGAACAUCGACCGUGGCAUGUCCCUUCGCACUCGCCAUCACUCCCGCUUCAUGUCGGACGGCGCUUUCCUCGUUCCUCUCGUCCCCAGCUCUGACCGAUCAUCAAGCGACGUGUCUCUGCCUCGUGCUGCACCGCAUCGACGUUGCAACGAUACCACCGGCCGUUGAGCUCCGUCACCAGGUCUACGUCGAUACCCUCCCUACCGCAUUCGAUACCCCUCUGUGGUGGACGAAGGCCGAAGUCGAGCUUCUGCGAGGCACGAACCUCAAAGGUGCUGUCGUCGAUCGAUCCAAGUCAUGGAAAGCCGAAUGGUCCAGCCUUGUUGAGCUCUUGCCCGAAUCCUUGAAACCUCAAGUAACAUGGUCCGUACCUCUUCCUGCUCCGCGGAACCCGCCGAACCUGAUCCCUUCUCGCUCGUGCCCUCUCAGGCCCCUCUACCUCUGGGCCAGCAGCAUCGUCUCUUCCCGAUCCUUCCCCUCCUCCCUCAUUACGGGCCCCACGACCCCCGACCCGGACCCCGUGCUCUUCCCCGGCGUAGACACCCUCAACCACGCCUACGCAACCCCCAUCACCUGGUCCUCGGACGUCAAACACCCUACCCAUCCUUCCCUUUCCCUCAUCCUCGAAUCCCAAGUCGGCGAAGACGAACAGGUGUUCAAUACUUAUGGACCUAAAGCUAAUGAGGAAUGGUUAUUGGGAUACGGCUUCGUACCUGAAGAGAACCCAUCGGAUUUGCUCGUAUUGGCACUCUCGAAACCACCUUCGUCUUCGUCGGACACGAUUACGCCCUCGACGUUGUCCACGACGUUGGAGAUGUUGGGUCUGAAUGAAAUUUGGAGGCAUUCGGUGCCUCGCUCCGGAGUGAUACCGAAAGAUUUGUUGGACCAAAUUCGAUGGCUCAUAGCGGGCACAUGGCCAAGUUCCGAGAUUGGCGAGAUGCGAUUGGAAGAGAUGAGGGAAGGCGGGAAGGACGUCUUCCUGGGUUAUGAAGUCGAAUACGAAGCGAUCGAUUCGUUGGGAAGUAUGAUUGGGUCCAAGAUUGAAAAGGUCGUGACUUACGAGGACGAUUACGAAUUCGUUCUGGAGAAUGUCAAGGAGGAGAGGAGGGAAAUGGCGAGGAGGUAUAGGCGUAGUUCGUUGCGAUCCUUUCGUACGCAAUCCGUGGUUGAUCCAGUGGUGGACUGACCUUUUUUCUUUGCGUGGUUCUCUAUGAUCAGGCCAACUGGAGAUCCUACAAGCCGUCGACGCUCAUCUCGAGAUGCUGAUGGAUAAAUUGGAGGAGCGAGCGCACAAGGAGGGGUACGACUUUACUACGUUGGGGAACGGUGACGAGGAUGACAUUGAUGAGGAAGAGGAGACAAACAAUGAAGAAUGA